ACUUGAGCUCCACUCUGCCCUACCAACCACGGACCACCAAUCUCUUAUCAUCCAUGAGACUAUGACGCCAACAAUCCAAGCAUCCAACAUUACCUCCGAUCAAAAUUAUCAAGUUAAAGGCUUAACCUUUACCAACCUCUUUGAAAAUCUCUUCUACUUCCACUACUCGGUUAGUUCUUCCCUAAUUUUAUAAUAAAAUAAGAUAAGAUUUCAGACACCCAUUCUUCAUCAAUUCAAACGACUCACACCCUAAAUAGAUUAGGGCUUUCCCCAACUCUUCUAUCUAUUGUCAAACCUUCAUUUCAAGAUUAUCAUUUUAUUCUUUCUCUUUUCUAUCUUUUAUUUUCAUUAUGCAGUUUGAUUGUUUACUAUAUCUUGAUUAAAUUCGGUUUUUCUUUCUUGCCAUCUUUUUAUUGCUAUUCUGAAUCUUCAUCAGUUUUUUGGUCUUCUAGGGUCUUGUAUUUAAGAAUCCGAAUUAUCUCAAGCACCCAUUUGGAGUUAGGUUGUAUAGAUUCGAUCUUUAGAUCAUCUAAUUAUGCCCAUGUUAGCUUUCUCUAUCUUCUUUCUUAUAUAGAGUAUUUUGUACCUUUCCUGAAAGAACCCAUAAAUUUCUUGAAUAUUUUAGAUUGUUAAGUCCAUGGCGUAUUCCACAAUUCGCUAACUUCUUCAAGACCCAUCAUUCCUCUCCCUCGAUAGAUCUAUAUAAUUGUUGUAAUUUGCGCUCACUCGUUUAAGAAAUGUAUGGAACUCAAAGCAAGAGGGAUUUGUCGCUUGAGAUUCAAUCACAAAUCCCAAUCUUGAGACCAAGCAUUCAUGCUAGAAGGGCAAAUAUUACAGUAAAGUUUCAAGAUCUUUAUGGGUUUACUGUGGAAGGCAAUGUUGAUGAUGCAAACAUAUUGAAUGAAGUGAGAGAGAAAGUGAGGGAACAAGGUAGGGUUUGGUGGUCAUUAGAAGCCAGCAAAGGGGCAAAUUGGUAUUUGCAAACCGAUGUAUCCUCUGCCCUUAAAGCAUCCCUGAAAUUUUCAGUUUUAGUGAAUGCAAUCACCCUCAAGAAGCUAAUAAGGAAGGGGAUUCCUCCAGUUUUGAGACCUAAAGUUUGGUUUUCUUUAUCUGGCGCUGCUAAGAAGAAAUCGACUGUUCCUGAUAGCUAUUACAAUGAUCUGAUAAUAGCUGUUGAGGGUAAAGUCACCCCUGCCACUAAGCAGAUCGAUCAUGAUCUGCCUAGAACUUUCCCUGGUCAUCCAUGGUUGGACACUCCCGAAGGUCAUGCUUCUUUGAGACGUGUUCUUGUUGGUUACUCUUUCCGUGAUUCUGAUGUUGGUUAUUGUCAGGGUUUGAAUUAUGUUGCUGCAUUAUUGUUACUUGUGAUGAAAACCGAAGAAGAUGCUUUUUGGAUGUUAGCAGUUCUUUUGGAAAAUGUACUAGUCAAUGAUUGUUAUUCAAGUAACUUAACAGGCUGCCAUGUAGAACAACGGGUGUUCAAAGAUUUGUUGAAAAAAAAGUGUCCAAGUAUAUAUGCUCAUUUAGAAGCCAUUGAGUUUGAUGUUUCCCUUGUUGCCACUGAGUGGUUUCUUUGCCUCUUUUCAAAGAGCCUGCCUUCAGAGACAACCUUGCGAGUUUGGGAUGUUCUCUUCUACGAAGGAGCAAAAGUUCUAUUUAAUGUGGCUCUAGCUAUCUUCAAGAUGAAAGAAGAAGAGUUGCUCACAACACACCAUGUUGGGGAUGUAAUUAAUGUAAUACAAAAUACCACUCAUCAUCUAUUCGAUCCGGAUGAUCUAUUGACGGCCGCGUUUGAUAAAGUGGGGUUUAUGACAAGCACAAGUAUAAAUAUAUCAAAGGAAAGGAAAAAGCAAGAACCAGCUGUAAUGGCAGAACUUGAUCAGAGAUUGAGACGCCUAAAUUCUAAUAAUGUGGAAGUUGAUAGCUGAAAUUUGUGAUGCAAGUUACAAAAUUAAAAUAUAUACAUGAAAAUGUUGUAGUACAAAUGCCAAUUAGGCAGUUUCUUUGGGUUGUAUUAAUAUGUUUAUGAGAAAACUUAUUUCAUGAC